UCCUGGAGUGUCCUGUCCUAAAGGUAUCGUUACCUACGGCAAAUCCCAAGAAAAUCAAUACUAAUGAGCCAUUAAAUGUGGCCCCAGCUGCAGUCGGCCAUAGUCUAAUGAGCUGAGCGGCGGCGGAAAUUGAAUGUUGGCUCUAACCAAGCGGCUGCAGCAGGAAAUCACAUCAGCAUCGUUUUUAGCCAUCUCCCCGCUAAACGGAAACGGCAAAGGAAAAGGUGAAGGUGAAGGUAAAGGUAAAGGUAGCUCUAAAACGGAAGUCUUAGCCGUAAUGCCUUGCGCCUGAAUGGUUGCAUAGCAUGGGCUGCUCCAGUUCCAAGUCCACCGCCACCGUAGACGACACCAAAUUGCCGAAGACCGUUUCAGCCAAGUCAACUAAAACUAAAAUGGAGUACCCUGCCUCGGAGGCCUUUACCAUUCCUUUGGAGAGCGAAGAAACCACGGAGAUGCCGCUAAAUGAGACACUGCGUCAGCCGCCGAAGAGGAUUCAGCAGAUGUUGCAGGAGGCAGCCAGUUCGGAGCCACCAACUUUGGAAGAACUGGAGGACAAGCAGCAAAAGGCCGAGCAACGACGUCAGGAGCUGAUGCAGCAGAAAUUGGAGAUCAUCCAGAAGAAUGCCCAAAUGCUGAUGAGAAGUCCUGGAGAAAAUCCUGGAGAUGAAGAAAAUACUGGAGACAAAGAGGAGAACCCCGAAAACCCCGACUAAAAAGAUACUCCCUUUUUCA